GAGGCAGCGAUGAAAUUUAAUUUAAUAUAAUGGAUUUUAAAAGUUAAACAUCUGUAGAUCUGUCAGUGGUGUUUCAGUUCGAGACCAGACCGUUAAUUAUUAAAACUGCGUGAAAUCUCGCGAGAUCUCAUACCCGUAACUCGGUUCAGAAAAGUAGAACUAAUAGCAGAUCAGAUCGGGAGGAUCUCAGCAGGAGCUUCUCAUCAUGUCGGUCGUGUCGGUGGCCGAACUGAGUCGAGGCGGCCUCAACGGUGCGAUGACGGAGUUUCAGGAGAAGCUCAGGCAGCAGCAUGAAAAGUCCAUGCACAAGGAGCUCGAGAAGCUGCUCUCCACUGUAAAGGGUGCAGAAGCUGAGAUCUCCAGAAAAGAUUUCGAGGGGUUUAAGCAGCUGUUCCACAGAUUUCUCCAGGUGAAAGGUCCCUCUGUGGAAUGGCCCAAGAUCAACAGACCUCCUGAGGACUCGAUUCAGCCGUAUGAGAGGAUCCGGGCGAAGCAGUUACCGCAGGGCGUCGCUGCGAGUCUGAACAAGCUGGCUGUAGUGAAGCUGAACGGAGGGCUGGGCACCAGCAUGGGCUGUAAAGGCCCGAAGAGUCUGAUCAGCGUCCGUAAUGAGAACACCUUCCUGGACCUGACUGUGCAGCAGAUAGAGCACCUGAACAAGACGUACAACACUGACGUCCCUCUGGUCCUGAUGAACAGCUUUAACACGGACGAAGACACCAAGAAGAUCCUGCAGAAAUACACUCACCACCGUGUCAAAAUACACACCUUCAACCAGAGCAGAUAUCCCAGGAUAAAUAAAGAGUCUUUGUUGCCAGUGGCAACCAACAUAGGUCUGACAGGGGAGAACUCCGAGGCGUGGUACCCUCCAGGCCACGGAGACAUCUACGCCAGCUUCUAUAACUCUGGCCUGCUGGAUCAGCUCAUCUCCGAGGGCAAGGAGUACAUCUUUGUGUCCAACAUCGAUAACCUGGGCGCCACGGUCGACCUGCACAUCCUCAACCACCUGAUGAGCCAGCCAGCCGAGAGACGCUGCGAGUUCGUCAUGGAGGUCACCGACAAGACCCGCGCUGACGUCAAGGGUGGGACUCUGAUUCAGUACGAUAAUAAGCUCAGGCUGCUGGAGAUCGCUCAGGUUCCCAAAGCGCACGUCGACGAGUUCAAAUCCGUCACCAAGUUCAAAAUCUUCAACACCAACAACCUGUGGAUCAGCCUGCCUGCUAUCAAGAGACUUCAUGAGCAGAACGCCAUGGACCUGGAGAUCAUCGUUAACCCCAAGACUCUGGAUGGUGGUCUGAAUGUCAUCCAGCUGGAAACAGCUGUCGGUGCUGCUAUUAAGAGCUUUGACAACGCGCUGGGCAUCAACGUCCCGCGCAGCCGCUUCCUGCCGGUCAAGACCACCUCUGACCUGCUGCUGGUCAUGUCCAAUCUGUACAGCAUGGACGCAGGCUCGCUCACCAUGAGCAAGAAGAGGGAAUUCCCCACCACGCCGCAUGUCAAACUGGGCAGCUCCUUCACCAAGGUGCAGGACUUCCUGCGGAGGUUUGAGAGCAUCCCAGACAUGCUGGAGCUCGAUCACCUCACCGUGUCUGGAGACGUCACUUUCGGCAAGCAGGUCACGCUGAAGGGCACGGUGAUCAUCAUCGCUAAUCACGGAGACCGGAUCGACAUUCCGGCCGGAGCGAUGCUGGAAAACAAGAUUGUCUCUGGGAACCUGCGCAUCUUGGACCACUGAGAACACACACACACACACACACACACUUGUGCAAACAAACCAAAUUACAAAGCUCUUCCUGUCUUUUAUUCAAUCUGUGAUCAACCUCAGGCCUGUUACUGUGUGCGCGUGUGUUUCAUGAAUUUUAAAGCACUUAGGGCAUUACCCGUCCCUUGCACUCAUUUAAAAUGUAAACUGUGAAGUUUAGCUGAACUAGAGCUCAGUGAUCGAUUGGAGACGCUGAAGUUCCCAGUGUGAUUGUUUUAGUUACUGAUCCAGGAUCUGCUGCAUCUUCAGCUCAUAACGCUUAGGACUAGGAGGGAAUCCUGACUAGUUAUUAUUCACACCUCUGUAGAUGUAAAGGCAGUGUAUCGAAUGUUACUUGCACCUUCUGCGUUUCAGAAAUUAAAGUGCAAUAUGCAGUUAUACCAUCGA